AUGGCGACAACUCCUGCAGCGUCAUCAGCUGCCCCUGCCAAAUUGUCUUUCGCCAAGGUCGCUGCAUCUGGCGCCAAAGACAACCGGGCUGCCCGCGUCGCAGUCCCUGUAAUGGAGCAUCGUCGAGCUCCUUCGACAAACGCUUCCACUGCCGGAAAAAAUGGAGGAUCUACGUCCGCCAAAGUCGCCAGUCCGGCUGCGACUGCAAAGUCACCUACUACGAUUCCAGAGAACAACUCCAAGUCUACACAGACACAAGAUGCAGUGACUUCUCAACUGAAGGACCUCAGUCUCUCCUCUUCUGGCCCAUCAACUCCGAGUCUUGUAGUCAAUGGCUCUUCAUCAUCGGUAGGAGCAUCCCAGCACAAGAAUGAUUCGGCAACCCACCUGUCGGACGACGCCUCCCACAAAGCAGACUCUAUUUCUGAAACGGGCGCCAAAGCUCCGAGUCUCGACGGAAAAAGCAUCGCCUCUGGCACUACCUUUGCUUUAGACGAAAAGGAAUCGCUCCGACCAGAUGACAGUGCUAGUGUCAAGGCCGCAGCUGAAGACGAUGAGUCCUUCUCUUUUCGGGGCUCUCAGAUGGCCAAUUCCAGAAUGGGCUCAGACGUUGCACGUAUCCAUCGCCUGCGCAUUGGCGACAUGCCAGAACGAAGAAUCAUUCAAUUACUUCCAGAGUCGCAAGAAAUGGGAAUUGCCACCCCGCAGAGUGUAGACUCUGGCAUGCCGCCGCCGACGGACAGCUCUCAGGCUCUUGGAACCGUCGCAAGCACUCCCGACGCUUUUAGCACCAUGUAUUCUCAGAACCCAGAUGACAAACUGCUAGAGGCUAUGUCAUCACCCAAAGACCGCAUCUUCUUGCUUAGGCUUGAACAGGAUCUGAUCAAUUUUGUCCAGUCAUCUGAGAAACCCUUUAUGGAUUUGCCUCCUAGCAACUCAUUCUGUAGAAUGUUAACACACAAACUCGCGGACUAUUACCACAUGACGCAUUCCUUUGAGGCUGUGCAAGGCGCCGUGCGUAUCUACAGAACGCCCUUUUGCAGAGUUCCACCCUCACUAGCUAGUAUUUCUGGCAGCAAGGAGACCGAGAAUAAUACCAGCAGUGCUGCCCCUCCCGUCCUCCUGCCGAAGAAGAUCAUGCGACGAGGCGAAGAAGGCGGAUCGGGACCAGCGAGCACAAGCGCCUCCAAGGCAACGUCUGAGGUUGGCAGUGACGGCAAGGAGAAGGACAAGUCCAAUACAAAGGAGAAGUUGCGAACCCGUGAGCAGCGCGAGGAAGCCUAUAACAAGGCAAGACAGCGAAUCUUUGGAACAUCUGAGAAGACUGGAGAGACCACCCCUGAAACAGAUGAUGCAAAUGGUACAUCCCGUGCCAGCUCCGUGUCUGGAAAAGACAAGUCAAACCUCGGUAAAAGGGGUAAGACCGGCAAGCAGCGUCGUGAUGACUCCGACAGCUUUGAUUCUCGAUCACAGUACACUCCGUAUUAUAACACGCAUCAUUACAUCGGCCCUCAAGGAGCUGGUAGUUGGCAAGGGCCGUAUGGUCCAACUGCCAACGGCCCAUACGGAGGACCAGUCCAACUGCCUUAUCAUGGUGCCAUGCAACAGCAGUUUCCCCAGGGAGGACAAGGCUAUCCGCAAAUGAUGCAGCCGGCUCAGGGCAAUGGAUACGCGCAAUACGGUCCAAUGACAACAGUCAGUACUCCGAGUGAUCCAUUGUGUGCAAAGCUGACCGCAUCAUCCCAGUACCCUCCUCAGCCUCAUCAACCUGUGCAGCCGCGCUACUCUCACGCUGGAGGCCCAAUGCAGCCCUACGGAUCUCCUGUCCAGAACGCGCAACCACAACAGCCCUGGACGCAGCCGGCCUACAAUCCAGCUCCUCAGCCGCCUCCUGGACAGUCUCCAUACCAACCGCAGCCGAGCCGACCGGUCCAAACCCCUUCGCAGCAAGGCAUCCCGUAUGCUUUUGGACAGCUGCCAGUCAAUGUCAAUCCGAAUGAUCCUAAGAGUCAACACCCGAUUCCAGGCAGCUAUAACCGCCAUGCAUUCAACCCCAAGACUCAGUCGUUCGUCCCUGCAACUGGGAUGGGACCCGGACAUUCAUCUGGACCAAUGCCUCACAUGAUGGGCCCUCAUGGCAGCCCUCAGAUUGGCACGCAGCAUCCUUCAUAUCCUGCAUACACACCAAAUGGACCACCCCAACCGUAUAUGGGAGCGCCUGUUGGAUAUGGCAUGAGUCGACAGAGCUCCACCAACUCGCUGUAUCACCCUCAGGGUACUCCGCCUCAGCAUCACCUUGCGCAGAACCCCGGUGCCCAUUUGUCGCAGAUGCCGCACCAAAUGACCCAUCCGCUGCCAAACAAGGGACCCCAGCCGAUGAGCAACAAUCAUCCUCACUUUACGUCUCUGCCAAAUUAUGGCAAUCCGGCCACGCUGCCACAGAAGCCCCCCACGGGCAUCUAA